AACGAUGAGUUUCCCUUGCCACUUUCCAUAGAGAAGCCGCCUCGGACCGCCCAUCGGAGGAGGAGUCUGAGGCGAGGGGGAACGACGCUCUAGCCCGCGCCUCUCAGAUUCUCGUAGCGGGGAGGGCCUAACUCUUUCCUAGUAGUUGGAGCUCGCGGAGCGGGCAGUCACUAGGGCUCUGAGGGUUACCCGGGGGCUCGGACUGAGACCACCAGACUCCUCCCUUCCUGUUCCGACCUCGUCCCCUCCCCCCACUGCGUUUGCUCCCCGGGCGGAGGCCACCUCGACCUUGGCCUCAGUAGUUCUUCCUGCCUCCCCGCGCAGCCAGCGCAGGGCCGGACGAUGCCCAAGAAGCUGCUGCUGCUACCCCCGCUGUCCGUGUCCUCGACCUUUCGCACCCUUCGAGCCCGACCUGUCGCCUUCCCAACCAUGAACGCCGCCCGUACGGGAUACCGGGUCUUCUCGGCCAACUCCACCGCUGCCUGCACCGAGCUGGCCAAGCGCAUCACCGAGCGUCUUGGUGCCGAGUUGGGAAAGUCUGUUGUGUACCAGGAGACAAAUGGAGAAACAAGAGUUGAAAUAAAAGAAUCUGUUCGAGGUCAAGAUAUCUUCAUUAUUCAGACAAUACCAAGAGAUGUGAACACGGCUGUUAUGGAGUUAUUGAUCAUGGCCUAUGCGCUGAAGACUGCCUGUGCCAGAAAUAUUACUGGAGUCAUCCCUUACUUUCCCUAUAGCAAACAAAGUAAAAUGAGAAAGAGAGGUUCUAUUGUGUGCAAGCUUCUAGCUUCUAUGUUAGCCAAAGCAGGUUUAACACACAUUAUAACUAUGGAUCUUCAUCAAAAGGAAAUACAAGGCUUUUUCAGCUUUCCUGUGGACAACCUUAGAGCAUCACCUUUCCUACUUCAGUAUAUCCAAGAAGAAAUUCCAAAUUACAGAAAUGCAGUCAUUGUAGCCAAGUCUCCUGAUGCUGCAAAAAGGGCCCAAUCAUAUGCUGAGAGACUUCGCUUGGGUUUAGCUGUAAUACAUGGAGAAGCUCAGUGUACAGAGCUUGACAUGGAUGAUGGGCGUCAUUCUCCUCCGAUGGUCAAAAAUGCCACUGUACACCCUGGUCUUGAGUUGCCUUUGAUGAUGGCUAAAGAAAAACCACCAAUCACAGUAGUUGGAGAUGUUGGAGGGCGGAUAGCCAUUAUAGUGGAUGACAUCAUUGAUGAUGUGGAAAGUUUUGUUGCUGCUGCUGAGAUACUCAAAGAGCGAGGUGCCUACAAGAUUUAUGUCAUGGCCACUCAUGGCAUUUUGUCUGCAGAUGCCCCUCGUCUCAUUGAGGAAUCAUCCAUUGAUGAAGUGGUUGUGACCAACACAGUUCCUCAUGAAGUACAGAAGCUGCAGUGUCCCAAGAUAAAGACUGUUGAUAUCAGUUUGAUUCUUUCAGAAGCAAUAAGGAGAAUCCACAAUGGGGAAUCCAUGGCUUACCUAUUUAGAAACAUUACUGUAGAUGACUAGAAUGCAGACUUACUUUUGUUCUGGGGCUUUUGAGGGAAAAAAGGCAUGGCCAUCAGUUAUGUACAUCAAAUGUUUCUUAGGGGAGGAGAAUGCUGGAGGUUUCUUAGAUGGUGGAUAAGCAAAAGAAAAUUAACUUGAGCAGUGUUUAUACCAGAAACUUUCUUUUACCCUGUGGAGAAGCAUUGUAACAGAGUUGAUGAAAAAGAAAUGAGUCAGCUGACUGAAGGAUCUCCUAUCAAUCCAAUGCUUUUUUAUAAAAGCUAUUAAGUCUCAUGCUUAAAAUGAAUAUUUCAAAGACUUAUCUGAAACUGUUUCAUAACUCAACUAAUUUGUUCAUUUCUUGGAAAAUGGAUUUGUUACAUUGAAACUGCUUCUACAAACAGAAUACUUACCUAUAGUGCUUAUGAAUCAAGUUUCUGUUUAAGAAAGGAACUAAGUAUUCUGCAUGAGUAUAAGCAAGAAUGUUUCAUUUCAUGGGGUUAAAUGCAGUUUAUACAUGGGAUAGGAAAUUGUACAGUGAUAUCAAGAUUGAGUUAUUUAGCCUAUGAAUCUGGCCACCUUAUAUAUUCAGGCUUUCCUUAAGUUGCAAUUUAAAUACUUUAUCUAAUUCCAUUCUGAACUGCACUGCAGAAGUCAAGAAAAAGUCCCCAUCCUCCUUCCCCCUUUACAUGUGCUCAACCACUCCAUGUCCUUUCCCAUCCUACUACAUGAGUUGUGUGUAUGGUGACUACUUGGGGACUAAAAUGAUAAAUUACAUGGCAAUGUGAAAUUAAAAUCCCUCUUUAUUAGCUCACAAUGUCUGUAUGGUGUAUGAAAUGAAUAGAUUCAUGCUUUUGCCUGUACUCAUCCCUUCUAAUUAGGGUCAGUCAUCUGUUGGGAGUUGAGGGUGUAGCUUACCUUCUGUAGUGACCUAGAAUUCAUUCCAUUUUCAUUAAUAUUUGAGGGUUAAAAAGCAUAAAUGGAACUCUAGUGCAGUCACAUUUCUCCCAGCAAUAAGUUAAAUAUAUAGAUAAACCUUUUUAGCCAGUUUAAUUUAGUUCUUCCAGAGCUGCUUCCACACUACUGAAAUUUGCUACUGUCUUGAAAAUAGGUAGAAUUUUAGUUGGGAAGACCAUGAGGAUUUAGGAAAAGCAGUGUAGUGUCUUAAGGUGGAGCCUCUAGAGAUCAAUUAGUUGUGUAACAUUGGGAACAUUAUUUUUAUCCCUCCGAAUGGAAUGGAUCCAUUUCCUUCAUUGAAAGACAGAAAGGUAUGGACUGAAGUCCCUUCAGCUUCUAGGAUCUGUUGGCCUGUUUACCACAAUAACAAAAUUUUGCAUUUGAUUCUAAUGCUGUAUGGCAAAUAUUUUCUUUAUUAGAAUACAGAAUCUCCUUGUGGCCAAAAUGUAUUAUUUCUCCACUUUUGUCAAAGUUGGGUGUCUGGAAAACUGAUUUCAGUAAUUCUGAAGAAAAAUUAACCAUAGUUCUCCAAGAGUUAACUUAAGGUGAAUGAGUUAAUUUUGUUUUCUAUGCUGUCAUAGGAAUCUGCUAGAGUGUAGACGGGUGUAAUUUUUUUUUUAAGUUAAAUUAAUAAAUGGCAAUGGAGUA